AUGCAAAUAGCCGACUUUGUGGACCUGGCACCAAUUGCCAAGAAAAUGUCCAGUGAAUAUAGCCAUUCAGUAGUUCCUGUUUUCACAAAAAUCAAAACGGGAAGAGCAAUAGCUUUCCCAGGGGCUGCUAAGAGCGAAUUCGGAAGUUACUUUCGGUCAUCGGAAAAUAGCAAGUCAAGAAAGGAGUCGCUAGGAAAUGAGGGCGAUGAAAGAGUUUCACGGGAUUUAGUUAAGAUGAGAGUGCUAGAAGAAACUUCGAAGAGAGAAAGUUAUGAUGCAAAUAUGCUGCCACAAUGCAGAAAGACAACCAAUAGUGAUACAACCUUGGAAGGAUCAUUUGGUCCGAAACAUAAUUCAGUUGGGACGAGCAAGAUUGAUUCAAAUCUAGUCCAACCAAUUGAAACAAAGAGUAGAGAUUUGGACUUUUCCUUGCUGCGACUAAGGGGGAAUAUCAAAUAUGAUCAUCAGCCUCACUCUUCACGGUCUUCAUACAUGCAAAGCUAUGAACAUGUUUUUCUCUUCUUGUUUUCUUUAUUAAUAGUUUGUUUUAUUCGUGUGUUGCUGCGAAAACUUUAUUUGAUUUUGCAAUGA